AUCUUGCGAUCCGUCAUCGUAUUCAUUCUUCACGUUCUACUAAGCUACUUGCCAUUACUGCCAUCAAAGAAAAAUUCAAGCUUUUGCUGCAAACUUGACCAUUCCCUGUCUCAAAACCGUUCUUAGGUCCUUUCUGCUUCGUUUAAUCUAAUUUUGUGUUGGGUUGGGUUGCUUUACACAGAAAAAAGGAGAGGUGAAGAGGGUAUUUGUGUCUCAGGUAUUUGAUUUGAUGGGGAUUUGCUUAAGUGCCAGGAUCAACGAGAGCCCAAGUAACACAGGAGGGUUGAGUUCAAAGUACGUGAGCGGCGAUGGGAAAGACACGAGCAGUACAAGCAGCAAAGUCUCAUCAUUUUCGGCACCUCUGACACCCCGGAGUGAGGGUGAUAUUUUGCAGUCUCCCAAUUUGAAGAGUUUCAGUUUUGCUGAUCUCAAAAUGGCCACUAGGAACUUUCGUCCCGAUAGUGUGCUCGGAGAGGGCGGUUUUGGCUCGGUGUUUAAGGGGUGGAUUGAUGAAAAUUCAUUAACUGCUGCCAAGCCUGGAACUGGGACUGUCAUUGCUGUGAAAAGGCUUAACCAGGAAGGGUUCCAAGGUCAUAGGGAGUGGUUGGCAGAGCUGAAUUAUCUGGGACAGCUUCAUCAUCCUCAUCUUGUGAAAUUGAUUGGAUAUUGCUUAGAGGAUGAACACCGUCUUUUGGCGUACGAAUUCAUGCCUCGUGGCAGCUUGGAGAAUCAUUUAUUAAGAAGAGGUUCUUAUUUCCAACCUCUUUCAUGGAGCCUUCGAAUGAAGGUUGCUCUUGGUGCAGCAAAGGGGCUUGCCUUUCUUCACAGUGCGGAAACAAAAGUGAUAUAUCGGGACUUCAAGACUUCCAACAUUUUGCUUGAUUCAAACUAUAAUGCAAAGCUUUCUGAUUUCGGGUUGGCCAAAGAUGGACCAACAGGUGAUAAGAGCCAUGUUUCUACCAGAGUCAUGGGGACGUAUGGAUACGCAGCUCCAGAGUAUCUAGCCACAGGUCAUUUGACCUCUAGGAGUGAUGUCUAUAGUUUCGGAGUCGUGCUGCUUGAGAUGUUAUCUGGCCGCAGAGCGGUUGACAAGAACAGACCAUCUGGAGAGCAUAAUCUGGUGGAAUGGGCAAGACCUUACCUAACCAACAAACGUAAAAUAUUCCGUGUUGUAGAUAACCGCCUCGAAGGCCAGUAUUCAAUGGAAGUAGCCUUCAAGGCCGCUUCCCUUGCUUUGCGAUGCGUGUCUACUGAAGCCAAAUUCAGACCACGCAUGAAUGAGGUUGUAACAGCAUUGGAGCAGCUCCAGGAUUCGGGUGAAUCGGGAGGUAAUCAGAAUAAUAUUAGCAAAGCACCCCGGAUACGCAGGCGAAGUACCGGUGAUGCUAACAAUGGAAGGAGCAUUGCUGCAUACCCUCGGCCAUCUGCUUCCCCUCUUUAUGCCUGAUAACGCACACCAUGAAAGCUGCUUCCCUUUGAGGUGUUUUCAGGUGACUGUACAGUUCUCGCUUUAGCUAAUGUAAUCAAAACCAGUCCAAUAAAAAUGCAAGUUCCACCUUUAACAAGUGUGUGCAAUGCUGUAAAUCCUUGGAGAUUAUCUAGUGUUUGUUGCAACCGUGAGCCAACUUUUGAAGAAAAACAAAGAGGGUGCAACUACAUUUGUAUGAACACAAUUCAGGUUUUUAUGAAAUAGAAAAUGGAGUUGAAAAAGCA